CUAUAACCUUAGAGGAAAACAAGCAAAAGGUGCUGGAAAAUGGAAGUGAAAAUAAAGGUUCUGCUCUGCCUAACGCUGGUUAGUUUAGUGUGUUGUACUCCUGAUAAAAGACUAGUUCUCCACAGCAGUGAAGAUAUGGCUCAUCUUAUUUCAACUCUGGAAAGCAAAGUCAAUAUCUUAGAAGCUGAAGUUAGCGGAUUAAAGGCAAUAAAAUCAACUGGUGGAGGAACGUUUAUACGUUGGGGAAGGACCACAUGCCCCAGUAAUGGAACAGAGUUUAUCUACAAAGGUUACAUGGCUGGUGAUAAAUGGAAUGAGUAUGGCGGAGGCGCGAACAAUUUGUGUUUACCCGACGAUCCAACAUGGAACCAGUAUGUAGACGGCUACAAUAGCGGCUCAACUAUAUACGGGACAGAGAUAGAACUUGAUUCCACGGUAUCAAGUAAACUGUUCGGCAAACAAACCGUUAACCAGGACAUCCCAUGUGCUGUCUGUAGAUCUGCUCGUGCAUCUCAUGUAAUGCUACCUGCACGAGCAAACUGCUAUCCGGGAUGGACGGAAGAAUAUGGUGGAUACCUGAUAUCUUCCCAUCAAGGCUGGAAGGCUAGCAGCGACUUCGUUUGUCUAGAUUCGGGACUGGAGUUUGUCCCACAUGGUUCUGGGAAUGAUGAUGAUCAUGUAGUCAAGCCGGUUGAGGUGCGAUGCGGAACACUUGGAUCUCUACCUUGUCCUCCGUUUGUUGAUGGACGUGAAUUGGCUUGUGUUGUUUGUACGAAAUGAACUUAAUAAAGCUUAAUACAGAA